AUGCAGGAAGAAUCUGGAGCAUUCCCUCCUAGGCGACGCGUGCGGUCAGGUUGCUUGACCUGUCGAGGUCGGCGGCGAAAGUGCGACGAGGGAAAGCCAGUCUGCCGGAAUUGCACAACCAAAAACCUGACGUGCCGCUACGGUCUAAACAUCACGUUUGUCGACUCUCGAAGGCGCGCGUCGACACAAGCAAAACCGUUGUCGACUGACAAUAUUAUCGCCCAGAAUGAAUCUACACCACGACGCCAAACAUCCGGUACCGGCGUCUCACGUCCCCGUGGAACCCGACCACCCUUGAGGACGACCAGUACACUUCAACAUCAACAGAAUGCGUCCGAGUCAUCCUCGGAUAGCCAAGGAAUCCAGAAUCAAAAUGGAAGUAUAUCGGAGCCAUUAUCGGACAGGGGAGUAAUCCAAUACCAAAAUACAAUUGAGCCAACGUCACGGCACUCGGCCAUUCAGCCAGAAUUUCCACUCCCAGCAUCACCGCAGACUUCUCGAACCCCGUUUCCAGAAGACUUUGACUCAUUUGGCUCGAUUGAAACGCCGUUCCCUCAACCGUCAUCGCUUUCUGUCCCAGAUGAUUCCCGAGACUCCACUUUGGAACGGUUAUUCCCCCGUUCUGACAUUGCCAACUCGGAAGCCAUCCUCGAUGAGGAGGAUGAACAAGGUGUCAUAGAGCUUUUCACUUUUUUCCGGUAUCAGAUUGCACCGCGGCUGGAUCUGGGUGUGGGAGAGGCAUAUUUCGGCAUCGAUGCACUGCUGAAGGCCAAAACAUGUGGUGCCUUGUGUAAGAGUAUCCUGGCAUUGUCUAGCUGCCAAAGGCAUCUUUCGCAGGGCAUUCAUCCAGAAGCUGAUGAUGCAAGAUCUGCCGAGUAUGCCCUGAAGGCGACACUAUCGGUUGCCAACGCGGGGGACGAGGAUAGGGUGACGGCUCUGAUUCUGCUAACAUUAAGAGACAUGAUCCUAAAUCCUCCUGGAAGCUGGAGCAAUCUUGCACUGGCCCUACAGCAGGACUUGAAUGUCCGAUCGGACAGUCUGCAAGAAGGACAGUGGCAGGUUAUGGCACGCCUCGUCAUCGCAGCAAGACUCACGGCUUCUAUCUCGACAAAUCGAGUUGAUCUUUCCUUCGUUGUUGAAGGUGCCAGAACAGUCUUGCCAGGGCAGACGUUGACCAACAAACAACAGCUUCACCAAGCAUUCUCUAACCUAGCGCGCGCAUUGAUGAUACCCGAUAAUACCUUCGAUACCGGACAGCGAACAAGGUUGCCCGUGGCUGCCGUCUGGCAGUCGUGCUGGAGUGACUGUGAAUUGUGGUACUUUGCGAGAAAUGAAGAAAUGCAACAAGUUUUUGAAGUUGACAACUCGGACUCUGUGACUGCAGGCAGCUCAACCAGUCCACCAUUUCCAAUCAUUAUCUUCAGUAAUUCUUGCGCUCUGAUGGCGAAUUUCGCUCACCAUCUGACUGCAAUCCAUUUGCUGCAUCACAAACCCCGGCUGAUCAGGCCCAUUGCGGGAUCUGGAUGGUCAGUAUCGCCCGCAUGGCACGCUCAGAGACUCGUCGGCACCAUUUCUGCUUUCAAUGAAGCCGAGAUCUUUGACCCUCUUGUGGUUGCCGGUCUGAUAUAUGGGGCCAGAAAACUAAGCCACCCGUCUCAAUUGGCUGUGGUGGCAAACAUACUGAGAAAAGCGGCACAGACGACCGGGAUGCAGCUGCAGCAAGAGAUUGAAAAAACUCAAUAUGCUCAUGGCAAAACGACCGGCUGA